ACGGGACCCGGAAGCGGCCGCGGGGCGGCGAAUCCCGCGGCGACAGGUCGGUCGGAGGGCGGCGGGAGCAUGCAGGGCGGCCGGCGGCCCGCGGUGCGCGGUGCGUUCGUUCCCCCGCGGCGGUGGCGGCGGCGCGAGGCGGCUCUUGCGUGAGCGGCGGCGGCCGGAGUGGCCGGCGGCGCGCCGGGCGGGCGGCGGGGUCCGCGGCUGCGAGGCGGGCCGGGCCGGGCCGGGGUGGGCGCCGCUCUCUGCCCGGGGGGCGGCGGCGCCAUGUGGAGCGGUCGCAGCUCCUUCACCAGCCUGGUCGUGGGCGUGUUCGUGGUGUACGUGGUGCACACCUGCUGGGUCAUGUACGGCAUCGUCUACACCCGGCCGUGCGGCAGCGACGGCAACUGCAUCCAGCCCUACCUGGCGCGGAGGCCCAAGCUGCAGCUCAGCGUGUACACCACCACGCGGUCCAACCUUGGUGCUGAAAACAACGUGGAUCUGGUCUUGAACGUGGAAGACUUUGACGUGGAGUCGAAAUUUGAAAGGACGGUUAACGUUUCCGUACCAAAGAAAACUAGAAAUAACGGGACGUUGUAUGCGUACAUCUUCCUCCAUCAUGCCGGCAUUCUGCCAUGGCACGAUGGGAAGCAGGUGCACCUAGUGAGCCCUCUGACCACCUACAUGGUUCCCAAACCAGAAGAGGUCAACCUGCUCACGGGUGAAUCCACUACACAGCAGCAGAUAGAGGCAGAGAAAAAGCCACCGAGUGCCCUGGACGAGCCUGUUUCUCACUGGAGACCAAGACUGACACUGAACGUGAUGGUGGACGACUUUGUCUUUGACGGGGCCUCCCUGCCUGCCGACGUGCAUCGGUACAUGAAGAUGAUCCAGCUCGGGAAGACCGUGCACUACCUCCCUAUCCUGUUCAUCGACCAGCUCAGCAAUCGGGUGAAGGACCUCAUGGUCAUAAACCGCUCCAGCACCGAGCUGCCCCUCACCGUGUCCUACGACAAGAUCUCGCUGGGGAGGCUGCGCUUCUGGAUCCACAUGCAGGACGCCGUGUACUCCCUGCAGCAGUUCGGGUUUUCAGAGAAAGACGCUGAUGAAGUGAAAGGCAUUUUUGUCGACACCAACUUGUAUUUCUUAGCUCUGACCUUCUUCGUCGCCGCAUUUCACCUUCUGUUCGACUUCUUGGCAUUUAAAAAUGACAUCAGUUUCUGGAAGAAGAAGAGGAGCAUGAUUGGAAUGUCCACCAAAGCAGUGCUCUGGCGUGGAUUCAGCACAGUGGUCAUCUUCCUGUUCCUGCUGGACGAGCAGACGAGCCUGCUGGUGCUGGUCCCCGCAGGCAUCGGGGCCGCCAUCGAGCUGUGGAAGGUGAAAAAGGCCUUGAAGAUGAGCGUUGUUUGGAGAGGCCUGAGACCCCAGUUCCAGUUUGGCACUUACAGCGAGUCCGAGAGGAAGACAGAGGAGUACGACACUCAGGCCAUGAGGUACCUCUCCUAUCUUCUCUACCCCCUGUGCAUCGGUGGCGCCGUCUACUCCCUGCUGAACGUCAAGUAUAAGAGCUGGUACUCUUGGCUGAUCAAUAGCUUCGUCAACGGGGUGUAUGCCUUCGGCUUCCUCUUCAUGCUGCCCCAGCUCUUCGUCAACUACAAGAUGAAGUCGGUGGCGCACCUGCCCUGGAAGGCCUUCACCUACAAGGCCUUCAACACUUUCAUCGACGACGUCUUUGCCUUCAUCAUCACCAUGCCCACCUCCCACCGGCUGGCGUGUUUCCGGGACGACGUGGUGUUCCUCGUGUACCUGUACCAGCGGUGGCUGUACCCCGUGGAUAAGAGCAGGGUGAACGAGUUCGGGGAGUCCUACGAGGAGAAGCCCCAGCGGAAGCCCCACGCACAUUGAGUCCCCACCCGGCCGCGUGCGGUCAGCCCCUGUGCGGCAGGGCUGGGUUGUCGGCGGAGUAUUUUCGGACGCUUCUGGCGGAAUUUCCUGGACAUUACACCGUGUGCAUUGCCAAAACCUGAACGUUUCCCGUCGCCCCCCGAGUCCCUCUGCGUCGUGUUAGGGAGGGGCUCCAGCGGACAGACUUCUGGCCCCUGCAUCAGGCUCUGACCAUCGGAGGCUCGGCACGGAGGGCGGGGAGCCCGGCCCAGGGGCCUCUCGAGGUGUCCGUGAGUGCUCCCCACACGCGCAGGUGGCUCUUUAAGUCCAUUCCUUAGAGACUGGGAUCAAACGGCUUUUUUCCUUUUUGUUUAAAAUUUGACUAUUUUAAAGCUUAAUGUACGUAUGUUUCUAUUUUAAAAUAAAUUUCUUUGGCUGUGA